AUGAAGCUGCAGGGGUCUCUGGCCUGUCUCCUGCUGGCCUUAUGUCUGGGUGGUGGGGCAGCUAACCCGCUGCACAGUGGAGGGGAGGGCACAGGGGCAAGCACUGCCCAUGGAAUGGGAGAUGCCAUUAGCCAUGGAAUUGGAGAGGCUGUGGGCCACGGGGCUAAAGAAGCAGCCAGCUCUGGAAUCCAGGAUGCCCUAGGUCAGGGGCGCGGAGGGGAAGGCGGCUCUCCACUGAUGGCGAGCAGAGGCGAUGUUUUCGAGCACCAGCUCGGGGAAGCAGCCCGGUCUCUGGAGAACGCUGGGCAUGAUCUUGGCAGACAAGCUGAGGAAGUCAUUCGCCGAGGGGUAGAUGCUGUCCACAGCCCUGGGUCCUGGGGGACAUCUGGUGGUCAUGGCGUGUAUGGCUCUCAAGGUGGUGUUGGAGGCCAGGGCUAUCCUGGUCCUCAAGGGACACCCUGGGCCUCAGGAGGCAACUAUGGAACUAACUCUCUGGGUGGCUCUGUGGGUCAGGGUGGCAAUGGCGGGCCACUCAACUAUGAAACCAAUGCCCAGGGAGCUGUGGCUCAGCCUGGCUACGGGGCAGUGAGAGGCAACAACCAAAACUCAGGGUGUACCAACCCCCCACCUUCUGGAUCCCAUGAAAGCUCCGGCAACUCUGAGGGAAGCAGCAAUGGCGGCAGUCGUGGUGGCCAAGGUAGUGGCAGCAAUGGUCAGGGCAACAGCGGGGGCCACGGAGGCCAAGGCAACAGCGACAACAGUGGCAACAGCGACAGCGGAAGCAGAGGCAGCAACAGCGGCAACAGCGGGAACAGCGGCAACAGCGGCAACAGUGGUUCUGGGUCCCGGGACCUAGAAACAUCUAAUUUUGAUGAUGGCUAUUCAGUCUCCAGGGGAAGUAGCUCUUCUUCCAGCAGCAGAGGUGGAAGUGGUGGUGGAAACAAACCUGAGUGUAACAACCCAGGGAAUGAUGUGCGCAUGGCCGGAGGAUCCGGGAGUCAGGAAAGUAAAGAAAGCAGCCGUCUCCUUGGGGGCUCCCAUGACUACCAGAGCGCAGAUCUGUCGUCUCUGCAGAAGAGGGCAGGCGGUGCUGAUCAGUUUUCUCAGCCUGAAGCAGCAAGACAGGAGCUGUCAGCUGAUUCAUCCAAGAACUACUACAACAACCCGCCAGUGAAUCCUACCUACAACUGGCAAUACUAUGCCAAGACCACACCCAAGGCAGGAGUCACGCCUUCAUCCUCAGCUUCCCGGGCACAACCUGGCCUGCUGAAGUGGCUGAAGUUUUGGUAGAACAUUCCUCUAGUCACUGCUGACUCCUCACGAACCAGGGAUCUUGACUGUACUUACCCACAGUCCUCUCUGGUGCAGACCACCUACCUGGGCAUUACAUGCCUGUCGUCUCACCCGGGGACCUGGUUUAUCAGUCCUCAUUCUCCCCGUUCAACUGUGGUGUCUUGGAGAUUAAUCAGUUUCGUCGGAUAACCAGCCAGUUUCUUCACCUCUUUUUCCGUACGUGACCGGAAGUCCCCGGAAUGACGCAGCGGGAGCUUUCUACUCUUGAGUUUCUCAGUGGAAAUAAAACAUGACACUUUGUUUC